UAGACAUUUCAUAAAUUGAGUGAAGUUUUUGCAUCGCUUUUGAGCUGCCAAGUGAAAAGAUCUUGAUUAAUACUUAUCUAUUCCAGUUUUAUAUUUGGCACUAAAUUUUUCAAAAAUGCUUGCAUUGACAAGGAAUUUAACCAGACUCCAAACAGUUGCUCCAGCUGUUGUUGGUUGCCGCGGAAAACAUGAUUUACCAAAACUUCCAUAUGAAUAUAGUGCUUUGGAACCUAUCAUCUCUCGUGAAAUAAUGGAGUUACAUCACUCAAAACAUCAUCAAACCUAUGUAACAAAUUUGAAUGCUGCUGAAGAACAAUUAGGUGAUGCUGUUCAAAAACAGGAUGUUAAUAAAAUUAUUAGUUUACAAGGCGCUCUCAGAUUUAAUGGUGGUGGUCAUUUGAAUCAUUCAAUCUUUUGGAAGAAUUUAACAAGUGAAAAAACUACACCAUCAGCUGAUUUAAAACAAGCAAUCAAUGAUAGAUUUGGUGAUUUUGAAAAAUUUAAGAAAGAAUUAUCAACAAUUACUGUUGCUAUUCAGGGUUCAGGAUGGGGAUGGUUGGGUUAUAAUAAAAAAACUGGUAAAUUAGAUUUAGCAACAUGUGCAAAUCAAGAUCCACUCGAAGCUACGACUGGAUUAGUACCAUUACUUGGUAUUGAUGUUUGGGAGCACGCUUAUUAUUUGCAAUAUAAAAAUGUAAGACCAAAAUAUGUUGAAGCAAUUUUCGAAAUUGUUAAUUGGAAAGAUGUCAGUGAGAGAUUUGCUAAAGCAAAAUAGAUUUAAUUUUGUAUGUAUUUUCUGUUCUAAUUCUAGAAGAAAAAGAAAAUUAUAAUAAUAAAAUUGCAUACACUUUUUUGCUUA